CUGGUUAAUCACUCUCUGGGCAUGGAGUAGUGACGUCACGGACAGCGGGCCAGGAGUGGAAGGCGUCAUCGGCAAGCGCGCCUUUGUGUCCCUUUCUGAGGCGAUGGCGGUGCUUCUUCUCCUCAGGAGGCCGUCUUUGGCCUGGUUUUCCCCGGCCUGGCGUUGCUGGAGCUCCGGGGACGAGGCUUUAGAGGUGGUACGGAUCCCUCAGGCCUGGAGGCGCCGGCUGGAGGAGCGACAGGCCUCAGGGAAAGAAGGCCCUGAAUCCUUCGGCGGGAAGCAGAGGAAGAUGCUGCUGAGGAGCCGGCGGAGGGAGCUGAGCCAGGCUUUGGGGCGGACGGUGGGCCGCUGGGAGAAGCCCCGCUUGGUGUCAGAUGGGUGGAAACACCGCCUCUCGCGUGGGGACCACUUCCAGCUGGAGAGGACCAGGAAGGAAGCCCUGCAGGAGGAGGAAGGAGGAGAAGGCCUUUCCUUCCCAGCCUUGGGCCUGGAUCCGCAGUUUGUGACCAUUUUGGAAGGCGCUUUUGGCAUCUCCCGGCCCACGCCGGUGCAGAAACGAGCCAUCCCUGUCCUCCUCAAGGGGAGCAACACACUCUGUGGGGCUGAGACCGGUAGCGGCAAGACCUUGGCCUAUUUGCUCCCAUUGGUCCAGCGGCUCUUGACGUCCAGCCAUUUGCCCCACAAGACGGGAGCAACAACCCACCCUCGUUCCUUGGUGGUCCUGCCUUCUAGGGAGCUGGCGGGGCAGGUGAGGAGUGUCGCCGCCCAGUUAUGUGCCCCUUUAGGCCUGGAAGUCCGUGGCAUUGGCGGCGGACGGGGCAUGGGCAGUAUACGGCGGAAGAUCCAUGACGUUUCCGUUGACCUCCUCAUAGCCACGCCGGGUGCCCUAUGCAAAGCCCUUCGGAGGCACAUGGUAUCCUUAGAGCAGCUACUCUGCCUCGUUUUGGAUGAAGCAGACACCUUAUUGGACCCCAGCUUUGUGGACUUAGUCAGAGACCUGCUUCAGCAAACGCCGCUGGCCUCCAAUCGCAAAGAAGCCACCGAUGUUUGGGACCCCAAGACCCAAGUGGUCGCGGUGGGAGCCACUCUCCCCAAAGGGUUGGGCGAACUCCUCAGCGAAGUGGCUGACUCGAGCAGCUUCCGUACCAUCACAGGUUAUGGCUUGCAUUACCUCCAGCCUCACGUGGAGCAAAAAUUCAUGCGGCUGAAGGGCAGCGACAAAGUAACGGAGGUUCUGCAGCUCCUCAAGGACCGCGGGCCCAUGUCGGGUGCGGUGCUCAUUUUCUGCAAUGGCGCAAGCACUGUCAACUGGCUUAGUUACAUUUUGGAUGACCAUAAGAUCAAACACUUACGGUUACAGGGCCAAAUGCAGGCCGAUAUGAGAGCAGGCAUCUUUGACAAUUUCCAGAAAGGUCACUCUGAUAUCUUAGUGUGCACUGACAUAGCAUCCAGGGGAUUGGACACCACCCGCGUGGAGCUAGUUAUCAACUAUGAUUUCCCAUACACAUUACACGAUUAUUUGCAUCGGGUGGGACGGGUUGGCCGUAUAGGCAGCACCUUCCCCGGGACGGCAGUCAGCUUUGUGACCCACCGGUGGGAUGUCGACCUGGUCCGGAAAAUAGAAACUGCAGCUCGCAAAAGGACCUGCUUGCCUGGGUUGGAACCCAUUGUUCAGAAGCCCUUGUCUAAAAAAAAGUAAUGCAGACCUAUUUAAAGGACCUGUGUUUUUUAUGUUCUUAUUGACCGAAUGAGGCAAUGUUCAAGUAAAAAAAAAACACAGCAAAUACAUAAAACAUGAAUUGCUCUUGA